GCAUGUACAGUCACCUUCAGGAUGGAUCCAAAGACGACCCUGUACGUAUUCUGCAUUGUCAUGCUCCUCGUGGGAUUAUGCAAUGCGAAAAAGGCCAAGCCUAACCGUAAGGACGACGAGGAUGACGAUGAUGAUGAUGAUGGCGAUGAUGUUUAUGACAACGGAGAAAAGUCUGUGAACGUGUACAAAAUGGAGCUCACGUGCCUCGUACAUCUCACGAGGGACCUCCAAACGUGGCCGCCGAAACCGUCGAAAGAGUUACCGCAGUGGUACGCGGAAGUCGAGGCUAUUGCUGACAGCUGCGAAAAGAAGGCUGGGUUAAAAGAUUCUUGCGAGCACAAAGAUAAGGUCAAGAACUACCUCGAGUGCAUGCGCAACGGCGCAAAGAAGGUGAAAAAUGACGUGGCCAAGAAGAGCUUCAAAACCUACAAUGGAUGCUUAAAAAAGUUCCUCACGUACCAAGACGAGAAGGAAGGCAGGUAUGGAUCAAAGAGCCUACUACGAAGCUUGAGACAGAACUUCCAUUCUCUGAGGAGCAAGUACAGGUUUUACGACUACUGAGCCAAUUGCAAGACCACACGGUCGUUGGCAGAACGCAAUAGAUUGGAAAAGAAGAUGUUCUACUGACCCCGGUGACGAGUAUAAUCUAGGUUAGUCGGGAAAGAAAAUCUCAUAAAAAGAUGGGUUAAAAAAUGAUGUGUAACAAGAACGUGAUAUUCCUUUGAACACAAUAAAGAAGCAUCAUUAUGAAAGCUU